GAUUGUACAUACUGCAACAAAACCAGAUAAGGCCUACAUUUUUCGUUCUACUGGUGCUCCCGAGGUCGCGCGAAAGCUAAAGAAUCGCAGGCGGCAAAUGUUUGUUUCCCUCUCUACUUCUUUCUAUGGGAAUCCCUGCAUUAGAACAGCAAGUUGGCCGAGUUGGUAGGCUAACAUCGUCCGAAUCGGUGUCUUUGUUACCGUUUAUUUCGCGCCAUUUGAUUUCGACCCGUUCUCAGCAUUUCAACGUUGGCUCCGUCGCGACAGCAAGCGAUGUAGCCUGCACUGGCAUCGCGGCUUGCUUUGACCUGUGCUGCCAUUUUGCCAUACAUCGGACAUUCCCUAGGCUCGUGGUUCGAACAACGCGGGUAUGGACAGCCGGGUCAAGCUACGUUUCUCAGCAACGAGAGGGCUUCCCCGUGGCUCAUGGUUCGAACAAUGGGGGAACGAACCGCCUGGUCAAGUUCCGCUUGGCAAGAGACAAGUUACGAGCCAGCCAAUGUGCAGGGAGUCGCCGCGAGCCGACGCACCUGUGUGGACGUGUGGGGCGCGGUGUUCAAGGCAUCGCCUCGGGCCACCACACCGCAUCGAGGGCGCUCUUACUUCGCAGGGCUACUGUAGCGUAAUCUUGGACGACAGCCUCCUCCCUUACGCCCACACCACUUUCCCCGAUGCUGAUUUGGUGCUCCAGCAUGACCAUGCGCCGGUACACACUGCGAAGAUUGUGAAAGAGCACCUAGAAACUGGUAGUCGAACUGAACUCCUGGCCGGCCAAGGGCGCUGACAAGAACCUCUGGAAAAUAUCCGGGGGCGCAUAAGAGCAGCCAUGGUGCGACACCCGGUUUCUUCGGCGACCCUGGAGGAGUUGUGGCUAGCUGUUUGCCAAGAGAACGAGAAUCUUAGAGCAGCAAGUAUCCCUGUGGUUGCCCUGUACUCUUCGAUACCACCUGGAAAGGCAGCAGUUGUUGCUGUGGAAGGUGAUGAAGAAUACUAUAAAGAAAAUCAAGCAGCAAAUAAAGGCAAUUUACAUCUGUC